AUGGAGAAUUUUCUUGAACCAAAAGAUGCAGUUGAUUGGUCGUAUAGAGGUGAAGGAGCUGUUAAUUUGGUUCUCGCUUACACUGGAUCUUCUCCCACUUUCCUAGGGAAGAUGAUGAGGAUACAGAAAAUUCCAAAUGAUGGGAAAGAAGAAAACGGAGACACGAGUAGUGGAAAUGGUCUUACGACUCAUGAAAAGCUUAUUUGGGGAGAGGUUAAGGAUCUUGUUUCUUGCCAGAACAAAGAGAUUGUGGACUAUUUGUUUGUCAAACAUGUCAUGAGACCUUUGUUGGGUCAUAAACAUGUCAAUCCUGGAAUGCGUCUUCUUGUAGCAAAGGAGUUUCUUGAGUCUGUUGAGAAAAUUGUGACAUCUCAGCGACCUUCUUGGCGAGCUGAUGCAGCCAGUGUCGAUACUAACCGCAGCUCUGUGCUUCUGAUGGAUGAUUUGACACUUUUCGCCCAUGGUCGUGUUGAGGAUAAACCGUGCUUAAGUGUAGAAAUAAAGCCCAAAUGUGGCUUUCUUCCAUCUUCAAGUUUCAUAGCAGAGGAAAAUGCCAUCAAGAAGAGUGUAACUCGAUUCCAAAUGCACCAAGUUCUGAAGCUUCAAGAAAACGAGAUCUCAGAGAUCAGUGAAUAUGAUCCCUUGGACCUUUUCUCUGGUUCCAAAGAUAGAAUACACAGAGCAAUAAGAGCUCUCUACGCGACUCCUCAGAACAAUUUCCGCGUGUUCUUGAAUGGUUCUCUUGUAUUUGGAGGAUUGGGUGGUGGUAUAUGCAAAACAACCUCAAAGGUUGAACAAGAUUUUGAGCAUCUACUAAAAGAUAUCAUCAGGACCGAGGAUGGCUUACGUGCAGAUCAUUUCAUAGAGCUUGUUGCAGAAACUGUUUACGCAUCUGGAGUUCUUGAUCAGCUUCUUGAUGUUCAAAAGCUCGACAAGUACAAUAUCGAGGGAGCGAUUCACGUGUACUAUGACUUGAUAGACCAGCCAUGUAAAGUGUGCAGAGAGUUGGAGAAGAGUGAAACGUUAUCAGAUCAAUUUAGUUCCAUGCAUUCGAUUCCUCUGGAUGAGAAAGUGAAUAUUUUGAAGGAUUUCUUAGUAUCUGCCACUGCAAAGGACUGUAGUGUAAUGAUAAGCUUUAGAUCAACAGAUGAUGGGAUCUCAAGAUCCUCUUCCCACAGUAACCUGCAUCUUGAAUCAGCAAAGCAAGAAUUUGAUUAUAAGGUACAUUUGAUUGAUCUUGAUAUGAGACCUUUAAAGAAAAUGGAAGUCUAUUACGAGUUAGACAAGAAGAUCAUGAAGACAUACCUGGAGAUGGUGAAGAAGAACUAA